CGAUCGUACAGUAACACAUGCCCCUGUCCCGCAGGGCUGGCGGCACUAGGCGAGGCUCGCAGCUUGGCUGAUCGCAUAAUUGCCUAAUACGGUAGAGACACGGAUCCUUCUCGCGAUUCGGGACCAACUACCCCAACUAGCACAUAAACAGCACACUUUUGGAGAAUCUGCGAGUGGCGCUCUUGAAAAAUGUGGUGGUCAAAAGAGGCCUCAUGAGCGGUGUAUAAGUACUUAUCCAGAUGAGGCUCUCUACAUUUUUGAUCUUUACUCCUCCUACUUUUCUCUCCCCAUCUCAUUCAACUGCUCUUACGUUGAUUACUCUCCUCAACAAAGAAAAAUGGACUCUCUCGGACCUAUUGGCGGUAAGCUCAAAGGCUUUCUCAACUCGAAAAAGAACAAGCUUGACAACCCUCAGCGUCAGGUCGCACCUCUGUCCAAGACCAUCUACCAUUAUGAGGAGCACGUUGCCAAAGACCAAAAGGCCCUAGUUAUUAGUGAAAAGGCAUUUGCUCUGUUGGCCAACAAUGCCGAUGGCUACGAUAUCAAGGACGUCUUUGGCAUGCCCAUGUACAAGAUCAAGGGAAAGAGCAUGACUGCCACUGAGCGUAAGAGCGUCCUGGACAACAAGGGCGAGAUGCUCCUCGAGAUGUACAAGGAUGGCAACGAUUACAUUGCCGAGGACUUUAUGGGCGACAAAUUCAUGACUAUCAAGGUUACUUCCAAGCUGAUGGGAAACAAGGCCACUGGCACCUUUACCACUGAAGAUGAAAAAGAGCACUCCUUUUCCAUGACCCAGGGCAGCAAAUUCUCCAUCUCUACCAACAUUGUUCUCGAUGACGAUGGCACUGCCAUUGCCGUUAUUGAUCGCAAGAUCCCCGACGCGCAGAAGAUGCUCAAGGGCGAGCAGACUUACACCGUCACCAUUGCCAAGGGCUUUGAUGUUCUUCUCAUUGUUGCGCUCUGCAUGGCCAUGGACGACAAGAAGGUUGACAAAUAAGCGCAAAUCAUUACAAAAAGUGGGAAGGGAUCAUAGCUCAUCAUUAGCGAUAUCACAUAAUUCAUUUGUACAC